AUGAAUCCUGCGGAGUCGACGAACAGACCGCCCAAAAGUGUCAAAACAGAUCACACACAGUCACCAUCAGACACAACACCUCGCAAAGGCCACGCAAGUAAAAGCAAAUACCGAUCCGCCGCCAUCAGUGCGUCCGGAAUCCACAGCGGCGAUGUCGGAAUCUUUGUCACCUCCGACAAGGGACAGGAGAGGAGAUGUUUGCAAGAGCUAUCUGAUCUGUUAGAAGAGGUCUUCGAUGAUGACUCAAGUAGUCGUCCGCCGGAGGCAGCCCUAGACAUCCAGCGAAAUAAGGAUGACGAAGGUGACAUCGAAGCCGAUAUACAUGCCGAGUUGGACUCCCUGAGAUCUGAACGAGGGCCCCAAAAUGGGCAGUCCCAGAAGUUCUCCUUGAUUAUGCUCGACAUACCAUGUGUCUCAUUUAUUCGAUUCCCCAGCAACUCCAGACUGGAUCCCGUCGAAACUGUCCGCAAAUUAUGCCUCUCGGCCUCAAGCAAGGAGGGUGCUGGACCGCGAAGUCGCUACAUCAGGAGACUCACGCCGGUGACUUUGAUUCGGAAGACCCUGAAUGACGGACUCCAAUCGCUUUGUGAUCAGGUCCUUCCCAAACACUUUUUGAUCGACGUCGACCCGGAAGACGACAAGCAAAGUUCUGGAAGCGAUGGCGAGUGUAAGCACCAACCAUACAAGUUCGCCAUCCGUCCGACUAUCCGCAACAACAACAAGAUUGACCGAGACCGUGUUAUUCGGCUGGUUGCUGACAAGGUCGCCUCCUUGGGUCAGGGGAAGCACUCUGUAGACUUGAAAGGAUAUGACAAGCUCGUCCUUGUCGAUGUGUAUCGAAACGUAGUCGGCAUGAGCGUUGUCGGGAGCGAAUAUGAGACAUUGAAGAAGUUCAAUCUGGCCGAGAUCCAUGCAAGCCACUAUGGCAAUGGCGACAAGGACUCUGCAAACGGUGAAAGCUGA